AUAAAAUUCUUAACCCACCGCCUUUACUCUUUUCCGCCCUUUUUGUUUUCCUGCCAGUACUCUUUCUCUUCCAACAAAACAAAAACCCAAACAAAAACCUCUCUCUCUCACAAAACAAUUGAAUUUGAAAUGAACCGAUCUCAAUCCAAAUUGAAGUUGCCUUAUCUCUAAAAAUGGCAGAAGACAAACAGCAACACUUAAUUAAACUCUAUCAAUCUCUCUUUGAAGAGAAACUUCCUUCUACCGAUCUCUUCCUCAGACUCCGUUCUGAUAAUUCAACCAAACAUGGCCUCUACCUCUUCUACCUCAUCCUUAAACGCAGCGUCUCACCUCGUGAACAUCAUGAUCAUGAUCGUGGUAUUCAAAAGUUAGGGUUCCAAUUAUGGACCGAUUCGCAGAUUCAGUCUGUUACUUCGUUAGGUCUCGCUGUUGUCUCUGCUUGCAGAUCUCUGUCAGUGGAGCAAGUCGAGCCGAUAGUUGUGGCAGUGGUGCAACAGUUGUUAGAGUUUGCUGUUUGUUAUCUAGAGAAAUCAGACUGUAUUGGCAAUGUCGAUUUCACUACUGCACAGGGAAAUGUGAUACUACUUUUGGAAUUGGCAUUGGUUGAUGGAAUUGAUAAAUUAUCAGAUCCUUCCCAGUUUUGCUCUGUAAAUUGUCUUCUAGAACUAUUGCCGAAGGAUUCUGAUGAUCAUUGCAGUAUUGAGUUGGAAAACCACAUAAAUUGUAGGCUUCAAGGUGCCAGUUGCUCAAAGGGAGAGAAUGCAGUUGAUCUACUGAUGACACUUGCAUCUGAAAGCAUUCAACCUGAGUUGCAAGCUCUUGGCUUCCAUGGAGCCAACCAAGAUGUGAACAACUUGAUUUUUCUGUCUCAGCACUGGGCUGUUGUCCAUGCUGAUUGUGUUUGCCGUCUGAUAUUAUGCUGCAAACAACUAAUUGAUUUGCCAUAUAUGCAUGAUGAGAAAGUGGAAGUUUCAGAUUAUUUCAGGAGAUUGUCCUUUGGGUUGAGGAUUUUGAAGUUACUCAGGACUCUCAUAAAGGACAUUCCAUAUGUUGGAUAUGAUGCCUCACUGUUGCAAGCAGUUGCUUCAUGUGUAGAUGUGCUACCUUGCUUGUUUAGAAUUCGCUUUGAAUUUGCAAACAACCAUGCUUAUGUUGAGGGUAGUUUGGAGGGUCUCAUAUUGUUGCUGUUGGAAGAGUUUCUUCUUUUUGUCCGAGUUGCUUUCUGCAAUAGUAAUGCAUGUCAGAAUAUCCAAGUAUGCAUAGUUGCUUCUGUAUUGGAUAACUUAGAUUCUUCUAUAUGGAGAUACAACAACCCUGCCACUAAUUCACAGCCUCCUCUAAUAUACUUUCCACGCUCUGUUCUUUACAUCUUGAAACGCAUACAGGAUCUCAAAAGGCAAACUUUUCAGGCUCUUGACAUGAAGGGCUUUGAUACAGAUCUUAUUGGCAGCUCUGCUGAUUUGCAAGAUAUUUACCCGUCAUGCCAUGUACAUUCUAUGGAGGUUCCUUUGCUUAAAAGGUUUAAACAUGAGGAUCUGUUGAAAAUUAUAUUUGCUCCUUCAACCCAGUGGAUGGACAAUCUGAUGCAUCUUCUUUUCUUCCUUCAUCGUGAAGGACUUAAAAUAAGGCCUAAAGUAGAUAGGUCUCUUUCUAAUUGUUCGAAAGUUAACCCUUCAGAAGUGGAAAAUGCAGUUUGUCAUGAAGAUGAAGCCCUCUUUGGAAACCUUUUUUAUGAAGGUAGUCGCUCAGUGGGAUCUACUGAUGGAUUUGAGCAACCACCAGCUAGUGUCAAUUCAUGCUCUAGCAAUUGUAAUUUGCCAAUACAAGCUGCAUCUGAGUUAUUGAAUUUUCUGAAAGAGAAUGUCUUUUCCCAUGAAUGGUCUCCCCCUCUUUUUGAGGAUGCCUGCAAAAGGCUAAAAGAGGACCACAUUGAUAUAUUGCUUUCUGUGCUUAGUUCUCAGGGCUUUCGUUUAGAGGAUAAGUCUUCUGAUAGAUGUUCUGCUUCUCAUGAAGAGAGAAAGACUGGGCACAUCAAUGGAAUUUGCUUCGAGUUGCUGCUUAACCUUCUUACUAGCUGUGCUUUGCCUGAUAAUCUUGAAGAGUACCUUAUUGAGCAAAUUUUGAAUGUUGAAGAUGAUACCUUUGUUUACAAUGAUCAGACCCUAACCUUGCUAUCUCACACUCUCUCUUCUAGGGUGGGUUUGGCUGGUAGCCAGUUAAGAACCAAAUUGUUUAAAGGAUAUGUGGGUUUCAUUGUUGAUAAGGCUAAAGCUGUUUGUUCAAAUUGCCCUAGUAUUAAGGAAGUUGUUGGGACUCUCCCAUCGCUAUUUCACAUUGAGAUUCUUGUAAUGGCAUUCCACUUAUCAUCUGAACAAGAGAAGGCAGCACUUGCAAACUUAAUAUUUUCUUCCAUCCGAGCAGUUGAUGCUCCAUCUUCUGGCUUUUCUAACACUCAAUUGUCAUGUUGGGCUUUAGUAGUCUCAAGGUUGAUCUUAGUACUUCGUCAUAUGCUGUUUUAUCCUCAUAAUUGUCCUUCAUCGCUGCUGCUAGAUUUGAGGUCAAAACUGAGGGAAGCUCCGGUUUGUGGUUCAAUUCUGCCUCAUAGUGUAAAUGAGCAGAUGUCUUCUUGGGCAUUUAUUGCAGCAAAAACUGUAAUGGGUGGAUGCAUUGAAGCUGAGCCAACCAUCAGUGCCUUGAUUAAUCAACUAUAUGACAUUUCAGCUCUUCCUCCUUCACUUUGUAGAGAUGAAUUGGCUGUUGAAUCCUUAUGCUUGAGCUGGAAUGAUUUAUGUGCAGCCCUCUCGUGGAUUCUGGGGCUCUGGACGGGUAGAAAAGCUUUGUCAGUAGCAGACCUUAUAGUUGAAAGAUAUAUGUUCUCGCUUUGUUUGGAUAUUCCUAUUUCGAGCUCUACAUCAGACCACCAGCUUUCAAUCUGGUCAGAGACAGAGUCAAUGGGCAUAUCUAAUAUGGUAAAUUUCUUUCACUUCAGCCAUUCACUUGUCGCCCACACUGAUGAUAUUGGCAAGGGCAUGAACCUUCCAAAUGUUGUUCUAGGUGUUUUACAGCACUUGUCUGAGCUGUACAUGCCAGAAGAUAUUGAAGAACUAGGUUUGGAUUUCUUGAGGAAUGGGUUUUGGUUGUCUAUGGUAAUCUCCUUAUUAAAUGUUGGUAUUUGCCAUUAUUGCAUCAAAAAUAGUAUCCCUGGAGCGUGUCCGUCCUGGAUAGAAAAUACAGCUAGGGAUAAUGCAUACAUCACUAUUGCUGAAGGCUUGACUUCGAGCUUAAAUGAGUCUGGUCAAGUUUUAUUGCUGCUGGGAUUCUUGUCGUCUUUGUUGACCAGAUAUAUACAGGCAUAUCAAAAGGCUUUCCUUGCUACUGUUGCUGAUGGCCAGUGCACUGCUGUUGGGUUUUCAUCUCUGUUACUUCUCAAGCACUCCAGUUUUGAUAACUGCCUUCAGGAUGGGUUACUUAAGAAGAGUGGCAUCAGUUCUUACCACCUGGAGUCUUUUUCUGAUAUAUUAUCAAAGUGGGAUGCUGUAAUUGACAAAAGAGCUCCUAGUGUUCGAUGCAAAGUGUUUUGUGAAAGUAUGUUGCAUGGUUUUCCAUCUCAUCUUCAAACUCCAAGUGCAAUCCUUCUGUCUUCUAUUCUUAGCAUAAGAGGCAUAGUUUUCGUUUUAGAUGGUUUGUUCAGAAUAGAAGAUAUGAAAAUGAAUAUUUUCAAAGAGAGGAAGGUACUUUGCCAGAUUCUGAAUUCGGUGAUGACCAUCAAAUUUGACAGAAUCUUUGAAAGCAUUCAAGGAAAAUGUGUAGCCAUUGUUAGAAACCUGAGUGUUGGCUUUGAACUGCCAGAUUAUAGUGAUCUCUUUCUAUUGAAGCACAUGGAAGGGUUUUUAAGGGAAAUUAAUGCCAGUGAAGAGUGUGAUAGCAAUUCCCUUGAAUGGGUAAUCAACAAGAUAAUUGAUACUGCAGAUAGCCUCAGGAAAGACACAUUGAAAUCUGCAAUCUUCAAAUUUUAUCUUGGCGCAGAAGAUGUGCCUGAACCACUCAAGGAGUUCUAUGGGUUGCAACGUGGUGAUCUGUUAGUUCUAAUUGAUUCCCUGGACAAAUGUUCUUCUGAAUCUGCAAAUGCAAAGGUACUUAAUUUCUUCAUUGAUCUCUUAUCAGGAGAGUAUUGUCCAUAUCUCAAACAGAAGAUUCAGAAAAAAUUGUUUGAGAUGGAUCUGCUUCAUCUGUCCAAAUGGUUGGAGAAACGGUUGUUAGGCUCUGUAGUGGAAGCUUCAGGUGGUGCCAGCUAUGCAAAGGAGAAUUCUGUUUCUCUUAGAGAAACAACUAUGAGUUUUAUUUCAACUCUUGUAUUCUUACCUUCUGAAUCACAUUUGACAGAACUGAACCAUCAUUUGUUUGAAGCUUUGCUGGCUUCACUUGACACUGCAUUUUUGCUAUUUGAUGUCCAUAUUGCUAAAUUGUACUUCCAUUUUCUUGUUCAACUUUCUAGAGGGGAAUAUUUAAUGAAAUUGCUUUUGAAGAAAACUAUAAUGUUGAUGGAGAAGCUGGCCGGAGAUGAACGUUUGCUUCCAGGGCUGAGAUUUCUCUUUAGCUUUCUUGGAAAUAUCUCUAGUGAUUGUGGGUCUUGUAAGAGCACUUCCGAAAAGUUGCAGGGGAAGUCUUUAUCUGGAAGUAGUCUCGGCAUGGGUUCUGUUGCUUUAAAGCCAGUAGGAUCUAGGAAGAAUUCUGACUCUAUCGUUAUCUCUGCAAACCAAGAAGGGGGACCCACAGCCCUUGAGUGUGAUGCAAUUUCUGUGGAUGAAGAUGAGGAUGAUGGGACAUCUGAUGGCGAUGUAGCUAGCAUGGAUAAGGAUGAGGAGGAAGAUACCAAUAGUGAAAGGGCACUUGCCUCAAAAGUUUGCACAUUUACAUCCAGUGGCAGCAAUUUUAUGGAACAGCACUGGUACUUUUGUUAUACUUGUGAUCUGACAGUAUCAAAAGGUUGUUGCUCUGUGUGCGCAAAAGUUUGUCAUCGUGGACAUCGUGUUGUUUAUUCUCGUUCCAGUCGGUUUUUUUGUGACUGCGGAGCUGGUGGUGUGAGGGGUAGCAAUUGCCAAUGCUUGAAGCCUCGAAAAUUCACUGGAAAUGACAGUGCGCCCAUCCGUAGUGCUAGUAAUUUUCAGUCUUUCUUAUCCUUCACAGAUGAUGCUGAUCAGUUGCCAGACAGUGAUUCUGAUCUAGAUGAGGAUUUGUCCUUAGAUACAGAUAGCUCCCUUAGGUUAUCAAUUCCUAGAGAGCUUCAAGAUGGCAUCAAAGCAUUGCUUGGAGAACUUGACAUUGAGGGGUGCGUGCUUCAACUUUGCUCCUCAUUAUUGCCAUCUAUAACAAGCAAAAGAGAAUCUAAUAUUUCCAAAGAUAAGAAAAUAGUUCUGGGCAAAGAUAAAGUGCUUUCAUACAGUGUUGAGCUGUUGCAGUUGAAGAAGGCAUAUAAAGGUGGGUCUUUAGAUCUGAAAAUAAAGGCUGAUUAUCCAAAUGCUAAGGAGCUUAGAACACAUUUGGCCAGUGGUUCUCUAGUCAAAUCCUUGCUUAGUGUCAGUAAUCGAGGUCGACUUGCUGUGGGAGAAGGUGACAAAGUUGCUGUAUUUGAUGUUGGGCAGUUAAUUGGACAAGCCACUAUAGCACCAGUGACGGCAGACAAGACCAAUGUUAAGCCCCUCUCAAGAAAUGUUGUUCGCUUUGAAAUUGUUCAUCUUGUUUUUAAUUCAGUCGUGGAAAAUUAUCUUGCUAUAGCUGGCUAUGAAGAUUGCCAAGUCCUGACUUUAAAUCCUCGUGGUGAAGUGACUGAUCGUCUUCCCAUUGAACUUGCUCUUCAAGGUGCAUAUAUCAGACGAAUUGAUUGGGUUCCAGGUUCUCAGGUUAAGUUAAUGGUAGUAACUAACAGGUUUAUCAAAAUAUAUGAUCUAUCCCAGGACAACAUCAGUCCCUUGCAUUACUUCACAUUACCCGAUGACAUGAUUGUUGAUGCGACACUUCUUGUGGCUUCUCAGGGGAGAAUGUUUCUUAUUGUUCUUUCUGAACAAGGGAGCUUGUUCAGGUUAGAAUUAUCUGUGCAGGGUAAUGUUGGGGCCACCCCGUUGAAGGAAAUUAUUCAGAUUAAGGACAGAGAAAUGAAUGCAAAAGGAUCAUCUUUAUAUUUCUCUGCCACUUACAAAUUGCUUAUCAUUUCCUAUCAAGAUGGCACUACUUUGAUGGGUCGAUUGAGCUCCGAUGCAACAUCUCUAACAGAUAUGUCAUUUGUAUAUGAAGAUGAACAAGAUGGCAAGAUGCAUUCAGCUGGUCUACAUCGUUGGAGAGAGUUGCUGAUAGGCAGCGGCUUGUUUGUUUGCUUCUCCAGUGUGAAAUCAAAUGCUGCACUUGCUGUGUCCAUGGGACCUCAAGAAUUACAUGCACAAAGCAUGCGGCAUGCUGUGAGCUCAACCUCUCAUUUAGUUGGGUUAACUGCUUACAAGCCUCUCUCAAAAGACAAGGUCCACUGUCUUGUUUUACAUGAUGAUGGAAGCCUUCAGAUAUACUCAUACAUCCCAGCAGGAUCUGAUGCUAGUGCAAGUUUGACUGCUGAUAAAGUUAAAAAAUUGGGGUCUGGCAUCCUCAACAGUAAAGCGUAUGCUGGCGUCAAACCAGAGUUCCCUCUCGAUUUCUUUGAGAAAACAGUCUGCAUUACUGCAGAUGUAAAAUUGGGUGGUGAUGCCAUCAGAAAUGGUGAUUCUGAAGCUGCAAAGCAGAGCUUGGCAUCUGAGGAUGGCUUUCUAGAAAGUGCCACACCCGCAGGCUUUAAGAUAUCCGCCUCCAAUUCAAAUCCUGACAUUGUCAUGGUGGGGUUUCGUGUGCAUGUGGGCAACAGUUCAGCAAACCAUAUACCUUCUGAUAUUACCAUUUUCCAGAGGGUAAUUAAGCUAGAUGAGGGCAUGCGAUCUUGGUAUGAUAUUCCUUUUACUGUAGCUGAAUCCCUCCUUGCUGAUGAAGAAUUUGUAAUCUCUGUUGGGCCAACCUUCAAUGGAACUGCUCUUCCCAGAAUUGAUUCUCUUGAAAUAUAUGGUCGAGCUAAAGAUGAAUUUGGCUGGAAAGAGAAAAUGGAUGAUAUGGAAGCUCAUGUGCUUGGUUCCAAUUCAUUGCUUGGAGGUUCUGGGAAAAAAUGCCGGUCGUUGCAGUCUGCUUCUAUUCAGGAGCAGGUGGUAGCUGAUGGUCUGAAGCUCUUGUCCAAGCUAUAUUCAUUAUGUAGGUCCCAAGAUGAAGAUGCAAAAACGGAUCCAAGUGAGCUUGAGUGUAAGCUGCUCUUAGAAACAAUUUUUGAAAGUGACAGAGAGCCCUUGUUACAGGCUGCUGCUUGUCAUGUAUUGCAGUCUGUUUUCCCCAAAAAAGAUAUAUAUUACCAGGUUAAAGACUCUAUGCGCCUUCAUGGGGUGGUCAAAUCAACCUCUAUGCUAUCUUCUAGGCUAGGAGUUGGAGGAACUACUGGAGGGUGGAUAGUUGCAGAAUUUACUGCUCAGAUGCGUGCUGUAUCUAAGAUUGCUUUGCACCGGCGUUCUAAUUUAGCCCUUUUUCUGGAGCUGAAUGGUUCUGAAGUGGUAGAUGGUCUCAUGCAAGUUCUAUGGGGAAUUUUGGAGUUUGAACAACCUGACACCCAAACGAUGAACAACAUUGUCAUAGCCUCUGUGGAGCUUAUAUAUUGUUAUGCUGAAUGUCUGGCUUUACACGGAAAGGACACAGCAGGACGUUCUGUUGCUCCUGCUGUUGCAUUAUUAAAGAAACUCCUAUUCUCCCCUAGUGAGGCUGUUCAAACAUCCAGCAGCCUUGCUAUAGCAUCAAGAUUGCUUCAGGUUCCGUUCCCAAAGCAAACAAUGUUAGCAACAGAUGAUGCUGCAGAUAGUGGUAUCUCUGCCGCUGGUGCUGCUGAGACAACUGGUGGAAAUACACAAGUCUUGAUUGAAGAAGAUUCUAUUACCUCUUCUGUUCAAUAUUGUUGUGAUGGCUGCUCCACUGUUCCUAUACUAAGGCGAAGAUGGCAUUGUACUGUAUGUCCUGAUUUUGACUUGUGUGAGGCUUGUUAUCAGGUAUUAGAUGCAGAUCGGCUUCCUCCACCCCAUUCUAGAGAUCAUCCAAUGACUGCUAUUCCAAUUGAAGUGGAAUCAUUAGGAGGAGAUGGGAAUGAAAUUCACUUCACUACUGAUGAUGCCAAUGGUUCAAACUUGAUGCCUAUCACAGCGGAUGUCAGCAUGCAGAACUCCACUCCUUCAAUUCAUGUCUUGGAACCCAAUGAAUCUGGAGAUUUUGCUGCCUCAGUGACUGAUGCAGUCUCUAUUUCUGCCUCAAAAAGAGCUGUGAAUUCCUUGCUUCUCUCUGAACUUCUUGAACAUUUGAAAGGAUGGAUGCAGACAACAUCUGGUGUUCGUGCUAUCCCUGUCAUGCAACUAUUCUAUAGAUUAUCGUCUGCUGUAGGCGGACCUUUUAUAGACAGUUCCAAACCCGAGGCCUCGGAUUUAGAGAAACUGAUUCGGUGGUUUUUGGAUGAAAUUGAUCUAAACAGACCCUUUGUAGCCAAAAACCGCAAUUCAUUUGGGGAAGUUGCAAUCCUUCUCUUUAUGUUCUUCACUUUGAUGCUUCGAAACUGGCACCAGCCGGGUGGUGAUGGUUCUAUUCUAAAAUCAAGUGGAAGUACAGACUCGCAUGAUAAGAAUGUUAUUCAGGCCACUUCAAUUGCUUCUCAUUCUUCCUUGGAUGGUCAAGAGAAAAGUGACUUUACAUCUCAACUCCUUCGAGCCUGCAGUACUCUCAGGAACCAAGCAUUUGUUAAUUAUCUAAUGGAUAUUCUGCAGCAGUUAGUCAAUCUUUUUAAGUCCCCUACAACUAGUUUUGAGACCGCGCAUGGUUUGCAUGCUGGUUCAGGAUGUGGUGCUCUAUUAACAGUUAGGAGAGAUUUACCAGCGGGCAAUUUCUCUCCAUUCUUUUCUGAUUCAUAUGCAAAAGCCCAUCGAACUGAUAUUUUUAUGGAUUACCAUAGGCUUUUAUUGGAGAAUGCUUUCCGACUGGUGUACACUUUGGUUAGACCAGAAAAGCAGGACAAGACUGGGGAGAAAGAGAAGGUCUACAAGAUUUCAUCUGGUAAGGAUUUGAAACUAGAGGGAUAUCAGGAUGUUCUUUGCAGUUACAUAAAUAAUCCUCAUACUACGUUUGUAAGAAGAUAUGCAAGGAGGCUGUUUCUGCAUCUUUGUGGAAGUAAAACUCACUAUUAUAGUGUUCGAGAUUCCUGGCAGUUCUCUACUGAAAUGAAGAAGCUUUACAAGCACAUAAAUAAAUCUGGUGGUCUUCAAAAUCCUGUUCCAUAUGAGAGAAGUGUGAAGAUAGUGAAGUGCUUGUCUACAAUGGCUGAAGUUGCUGCAGCACGGCCUCGAAAUUGGCAGAAAUACUGCUUGAGGCAUGGAGAUGUGUUACCCUUUUUGAUGAAUGCACUGUUCUAUUUCGGCGAAGAGUCUGUUUUUCAGACUCUCAAACUUCUGAAUUUAGCCUUUUAUUCAGGAAAGGAUAUGACCCACUCCUUGCAGAAACUUGAAGCUGGAGACUCCGGAACAAGCUCAAACAAAUUGGGGGGCCAGUCUCCGGAUUCGAAGAAGAAGAAGAAAGGUGAAGAGGGGGGGACUGACUCUGGACUGGAGAAAUCUUAUUUGGAUAUGGAGACAGCAGUGGAUAUCUUUGCUGACAAGGGUGGUGAUGUUUUGAGGCAAUUUGUUGACUGCUUUUUACUGGAAUGGAAUUCAAGCUCUGUGCGCAUGGAGGCUAAGUGUGUUCUUUAUGGUGCAUGGCAUCAUGGAAAGCAUUCGUUCAAGGAAACAAUGUUAAUGGCUCUCUUGCAUAAAGUGAAAAAUCUCCCAAUGUAUGGACAGAACAUUGUUGAGUUCACUGAACUUGUCAAUUGGUUACUGGGUAAAGUCCCUGAUAAUAGUUUAAAGCAGCAGAGCACUGAAAUUGUGGAUCGUUGCUUGACUCCUGAUGUAAUUAGGUGCAUCUUUGAGACACUCCAUUCACAAAAUGAGCUUAUUGCUAAUCAUCCAAAUUCUCGAAUAUAUAGUACUUUGAGUGGUCUUGUGGAAUUUGAUGGUUAUUACCUUGAGAGUGAACCUUGUGUUGCCUGCAGCUCUCCUGAGGUACCCUAUAGCAAGAUGAAGUUGGAAAGCUUGAAGUCUGAGACUAAGUUUACGGACAAUCGCAUCAUAGUGAAAUGUACUGGAAGUUACACAAUACAAACUGUGACUAUGAAUGUUCAUGAUGCACGCAAAUCCAAAUCUGUCAAAGUCUUCAACCUGUAUUACAACAAUCGGCCUGUAGCUGACUUGUCAGAGUUGAAAAAUAAUUGGUCUUUGUGGAAGCGCGCAAAGAGUUGUCAUCUUGCAUUCAACCAGACUGAGCUAAAAGUGGAGUUUCCUAUUCCAAUCACUGCCUGUAACUUCAUGAUUGAACUGGAUUCUUUCUAUGAGAACCUUCAGGCACUAUCUCUUGAACCAUUGCAGUGUCCUCGUUGCAGUCGACCUGUCACCGAUAAGCAUGGAAUUUGCAGCAAUUGCCACGAGAAUGCAUAUCAGUGCAGGCAAUGCCGCAACAUAAACUAUGAAAAUCUGGAUUCUUUUCUGUGCAAUGAAUGUGGGUACAGCAAAUAUGGCCGUUUUGAGUUUAACUUCAUGGCAAAGCCUAGUUUUACAUUUGAUAACAUGGAGAAUGAUGAUGAUAUGAAGAGGGGUUUGGCAGCCAUAGAGUCAGAAUCAGAAAAUGCUCAUAGGAGAUACCAGCAACUUUUGGGCUUCAAAAAGCCUCUUCUUAAGAUUGUAUCAAGCAUUGGAGAGAAUGAAAUGGAUUCACAGCAGAAGGACUCUGUCCAGCAAAUGAUGGUUUCUCUGCCAGGACCUUCGUGUAAGAUAAACCGUAAGAUUGCUCUUCUUGGUGUCUUGUAUGGUGAAAAAUGCAAAGCUGCUUUUGAUUCUGUCAGCAAAAGUGUUCAGACACUGCAGGGCCUUCGUCGGGUUUUGAUGAGUUACUUGCACCACAAACAUUCAGAUGAUGCAAUUGCAGCGUCCAGAUUUGUGGUUUCCAGGUCUCCAAAUAAUUGCUAUGGCUGUGCAACUACAUUUGUGACACAAUGUUUGGAGAUGCUACAGGUUCUGUCAAAACAUCCUAAGUCAAAGAAACAACUUGUUGCGGCUGGCAUCUUAUCUGAACUGUUUGAAAAUAAUAUUCAUCAAGGUCCAAAAACAGCUCGUGUUCAAGCUAGGACAGUGCUUUGUUCUUUCUCUGAAGGUGAUAUAAAUGCAGUUACUGAGUUAAACAACUUAAUACAGAAGAAAGUCAUGUACUGCCUUGAACAUCAUCGUUCUAUGGACACUGCGGUUGCCACUCGUGAGGAGCUAUUACUGCUUUCAGAAGUGUGUUCCUUGGCUGAUGAGUUCUGGGAAUCAAGAUUACGUGUUGUUUUUCAGCUGUUAUUUUCGUCCAUUAAAUUGGGUGCCAAACACCCUGCAAUAGCAGAGCAUAUUAUUCUCCCCUGUCUGAGGAUCAUAUCUCAGGCAUGCACUCCUCCAAAACCAGAUUCGGUGGACAAAGAUCAGGGUAUUGGAAAACCUCCUCCUGCAGCUCAGAUCAAGGACGAAAACAACUCAAAUACCUCUGGAUCUUUGAGUGGGGUAGUCAGUGGUAGCAAGUCAGGAUCAGAUGGUUUGGAGAAAAACUGGGACGCUUCUCAAAGGACUCAGGAUAUUCAAUUACUAAGUUAUUCAGAGUGGGAGAAGGGAGCAUCAUAUCUUGAUUUUGUUAGAAGGCAGUAUAAAGUGUCUCAGGCAGUGAAAGGGGCAGGGCAGAGAUCUCGGCCACAGAGACAUGAAUAUCUAGCUCUCAAAUAUGCACUUAGGUGGAGGCGGCGUGCUUCUAAGACGUCUAAGGGUGAUUUAUCCACAUUUGAGCUUGGGUCUUGGGUGACCGAACUUGUUUUGAGUGCUUGCUCGCAAUCUAUCAGGUCAGAGAUGUGCAUGCUGAUUAGUUUACUUUGUGCUCAGAGUUCAUCAAGGCGGUUUCGGUUGCUAAACUUACUGAUGGCUUUGCUGCCGUCAACCCUUGCUGCUGGUGAAAGUGCAGCAGAAUACUUUGAAUUGUUGUUCAAGAUGAUCGAUUCGGAAGAUGCCCGUCUCUUCUUGACUGUCCGUGGAUGUCUAACUACAAUUUGUAAACUGAUUACCCAAGAAAUUGGUAAUGUUGAAUCUUUAGAAAGGAGUCUGCAUAUUGACAUUUCACAGGGUUUCAUUCUUCACAAGCUUAUUGAACUCCUUGGAAAGUUUUUGGAGGUUCCUAAUAUCAGAUCCAGAUUUAUGCGAGAUAAUUUGCUAUCUGAUAUCCUUGAAGCUCUUAUUGUGAUCCGUGGCGUGAUAGUACAAAAGACAAAGUUGAUCAGUGACUGCAAUCGCCUUCUAAAUGAUCUUUUAGAUAGUCUUCUUGUUGAGAGCAGUGAAAACAAACGACAGUUUAUCCGAGCUUGUAUCUCUGGUCUACAAAUCCAUGGAAAGGAGAGAAAAGGACGAACUUGUUUGUUUAUCCUAGAGCAGCUUUGCAAUUUGAUCUGCCCAUCAAAACCAGAGUCUGUAUAUUUGUUGAUUCUUAACAAGGCGCACACACAGGAAGAGUUUAUCAGGGGAUCAAUGACUAAGAGUCCAUAUUCCAGUUCUGAGAUUGGUCCUCUGAUGCGAGAUGUUAAGAAUAAAAUUUGCCAUCAAUUGGAUCUGCUAGGCCUUCUUGAAGAUGACUAUGGCAUGGAGCUGCUGGUAGCUGGGAACAUCAUCUCUCUUGAUUUGAGCAUUGCGCAAGUUUAUGAGCAAGUCUGGAAGAAGUCGAAUAAUCAAUCGUCAAAUGCAAUGGCUAAUUCUACCUUGUUAUCCUCAAGUGGCAUGCCAUCAGCAAGAGAUUGCCCACCUAUGACGGUGACUUACAGACUUCAGGGAUUAGAUGGAGAAGCCACUGAACCUAUGAUUAAAGAACUGGAAGAAGAUAGGGAAGAAUCACAAGAUCCAGAGGUUGAGUUUGCAAUAUCUGGAGCAGUUCGAGAGUAUGGUGGGCUUGAAAUUCUACUAGGCAUGAUCCAGAGGUUGCGGGAUGAUUUCAAGUCCAACCAGGAGCAGUUGGUUGCAGUUCUUAAUCUUCUUAUGCAUUGCUGCAAAAUAAGAGAAAACAGACGGGCCCUGUUAAGGCUUGGAGCUUUAGGUCUUCUUCUUGAAACAGCAAGGCGUGCCUUCUCUGUGGAUGCCAUGGAGCCAGCAGAAGGCAUUCUUUUGAUCGUUGAGAGCCUCACAUUGGAGGCAAAUGAAAGUGAUAAUAUUAGCGUUGCACAUAAUGCACUUACCGUCACUAGUGAGGAAACAGGAACAGGAGAACAGGCCAAAAAAAUAGUUCUUAUGUUCCUGGAAAGGUUGUGCCACCCUUCAGGCCUUAAAAAGUCAAACAAACAGCAACGGAACACAGAGAUGGUUGCAAGAAUCUUGCCAUAUCUGACAUAUGGUGAACCUGCUGCAAUGGAAGCUCUCAUUCAGCAUUUUAACCCAUAUUUGCAAGACUGGAGGGAAUUUGACCGACUGCAGAAACAACAUCAAGAGAACCCGAAAGAUGAGAACAUUGCUCACAAAGCAGCUGAGCAGAGGUUUACUGUGGAAAAUUUUGUUCUAGUAUCCGAAUCACUAAAGACAAGUUCCUGUGGGGAACGGUUGAAGGACAUUAUCAUGGAGAAAGGUAUCAUAGAUGUUGCUGUCAGACACCUGAGGGAGAGUUUUGCAGUUGCAGGGCAGGCUGGGUUUAAGUCCCGUGAAGAAUGGUCAUCAGGUUUGAAACUGCCAUCUGUCCCGCAUUUGUUGUCUAUGCUAAGGGGAUUGUCAAUGGGACACCUGGCUACUCAAAACUGUAUUGAUCAGGGCGGGAUCCUACCCUUGCUCCAUACUCUGGAAGGAGUCUCUGGAGAAAACGAGAUAGGUGCUAGAGCUGAAAAUUUGUUAGAUACUCUAUCUAAUAAGGAGGGUAAAGGAGAUGGAUUCUUGGAAGAGAAGGUGCGCAAGUUGCGGCAUGCCACUAGAGAUGAGAUGCGGCAGCGAGCAUUAAGGAAAAGAGAAGAGUUACUUCAGGGACUCGGAAUGCGGCGAGAACUGGCAUCAGAUGGUGGUGAAAGAAUUGUUGUUGCUUGGCCAGUCUUGGAAGGUUUGGAAGAUGUAGAGGAAGAGGAAGAUGGGCUGGCAUGCAUGGUUUGCCGUGAGGGCUAUAGUUUGAGGCCUACUGACUUACUUGGGGUUUACUCCUACAGCAAGAGGGUGAAUCUGGGUGUUGGCACUUCAGGAAGUGCUCGUGGAGAGUGUGUUUAUACCACUGUCAGUUAUUUCAACAUUAUUCAUUUUCAGUGCCAUCAGGAGGCCAAAAGAGCAGAUGCAGCUCUGAGGAAUCCUAAGAAAGAAUGGGAAGGUGCUACUCUCAGAAACAAUGAAUCUCUAUGCAAUUCCUUAUUCCCCGUAAGAGGUCCAUCGGUUCCGCUAGCACAGUACAUCCGCUAUAUAGAUCAGUACUGGGAUAACCUCAAUGCUCUUGGGCGUGCUGAUGGGAGUCGGCUCCGGCUGUUGACUUAUGACAUUGUUCUGAUGCUGGCUCGAUUUGCAACAGGGGCCUCAUUCAGUGCAGAAAGUAGAGGUGGAGGAAGGGAAAGCAACUCUCGUUUUCUUCCUUUCAUGAUUCAAAUGGCCCGUCACCUUCUUGAACAGGGAAGCCCAUCCCAGCUCAGAAGCAUGGCCAAGACUGUGUCUUCAUAUAUAGCAUCAUCAUCGUUGGAUUCUAGACCUUCUCUUGGAAUACAGCCUGCUCCAGGAACUGAAGAAACUGUGCAGUUUAUGAUGGUGAAUUCACUUCUCUCAGAGUCCUAUGAGUCUUGGUUGCAACACCGCCGGUCCUUCUUGCAGAGAGGAAUAUACCAUGCAUACAUGCAGCACACUCACGGCCGGUCAACUGCUAGGGCAUCAUCAACUUCUACAGGCAUAGGCAGAAUGGAGUCGGGAAGCAUCAGCAGAAGUCCCAUGUCAGAAACUGGGGGUGCUGAUGAGCUGCUGUCUAUUGUACGGCCUAUGCUUGUUUACACAGGCUUGAUCGAGCAGCUGCAGCGCUUUUUUAAGGUGAAAAAAUCACCCAACACGCCACCUGUUAAAGCAGAAGGAAGUUCUGCUAGAUCAGAAGGGGAAGAUGAGAAUGGGAAUCUGGAAGGAUGGGAGGUGACAAUGAAGGAACGACUGUUAAAUGUGAGAGAAAUGGUAGGAUUCUCGAAGGAGUUGUUGUCGUGGCUUGAUGAGAUGAAUUCCUCCACUGAUUUGCAGGAGGCCUUUGACAUUAUUGGUGUUCUAGCUGAUGUGUUGUCUGGUGGGACUUCACAGUGUGAGGACUUCGUCCAUGCUGCGAUCAGUGGAGGGAUAAGCUAAGAUUUUAAGGCCGAGUCAGGAGCAUGGUAUUAUGCUGUUGGCUAGUCUGAGGAGUCGAAUCAUGCACAUCGGUAUAGUAUUAUUGUAGGUGUGCUAUACUUAUACAGUCAUGGGUUUGGUUUCCAUCUGCCACCACCAUAUGGAAAUAUAUACAUAUAUAUAUGUCGAACACGGUGUGCUCCUUGGUUAUGAAAAUCAUUUUCUUCCUA